AUGUCAACAACCCCGAUAACCCCUUCCACCGAGGCACAAUUGCCGGCUUUCAAUGACCAACUGAACUUGAAAGUUGCGCACGAUUGGGAACUAGCACAAAUUCAAGAUUUCAUGAUCGACGUUAUACAUAACCCUUCUACCUAUGGGGUGAGACCGAACCUCGUAUCAGAAUUGGGAAGACUACACACCGAUAUUCUCGGCCUCAGCGAAAAUGGGAGCAAAUAUCUGUCUGAUACCAUCUACCCCCAAUCGAUUUCAAGGAGACUUAACCCAGCGCAUAACAGGAAAAGACCAUACUACAUUCUGGAACCCAUGAUAUAUGGAGGUAUUCCAUAUUGGUGCUCCUAUGACCUUCUAGGUAGGUUCCUUUCCAUUAUUAGCCCAGCACCCCAAGGUGCCACACAGAAAAACUUCUAUUUACCUCUGACGCUACUGUACGCCAAUUGGUGUACCAAGAUAGGUCCGAUUGCCCCGUGGGCGUAUUCCUGCGUCUGGGCAGAGGAAGAGGGUAAAUCGAGUCGCUUUCAACUGGGAGGAUCGCUCGCGGGAUAUCACAAUAUGAAAAAGGAUGGCUACCACUGGGUGAAACGUCUGCACCAAGCCCGUUUCGAUAUUCUUCGCGAUGAAAGAAUUGACGCAGCGGAAAUAACAGUAAAGACUGUGGAGAAACACGAGCUAGAAAGCAAAGUUGUUCCUUAUGGAAACUGCGGAGAAACCUAUCCUCUCACGAUCAUGCUACGGAACCGUGACCCUAGCCAAGAGGUAUAUGGUCUUGCAGUGAAGCGUACUAAGCUCCGUAAGGAACCAUUCGGAGACCGAUUCAGCGAUCCAGAGGGAUCGAUGGUAUUGGCGAGACCUUGCGAAAAAUGUCAAAAUGUGAUAGCCAUCUGGGGUGGAAAGGUAGAGAACUUCAUCACAGAUGAUAUGCCAGAGAGAUUUGGUGCGGCGAAUCAGCAACAGGAUGCACAGGAUGCACCGGCUGCAGAACAAGGUCAUGAACCAGCAUCUGAAUUGAAGCUCACUUUACCGUCCCGUCCUGAACAGCCUGCUCCGGCGGAUCGCAUCGAUGAAUUUUUUGCGAAAACGGUCAUAGACGAGCCGCCUAUUUCUGAAAAAUCACCGUCCCCUUCUAAACGGCCUGCUCCAGCGGAUGACACCGCUGAACCUGCGGCGAAAAGGGCCAAAGGUCUGAGGCCUGUGGUUCGUUUGCCUUCAAUGGCACCACCGAAUCUCGAGAAAAAAGACAAAAAGUAG